GUUCCAUCCAUCUCGUGCAAACAUACAUAGCCAAAGCACUCGAACACGUAUAGAAAACAUGUCGAGUCCUCUGCUUGUUGCAAUGGCCGCGGCGGCGAUCGUCGUGGCCUGCUGUUUAGCGGCGUGUCCGGUCGGCGCGGGCGCGAGCGCUGGUGGCUUCUACGACAACUUCGUGGUGAAGUGGGGCACGGACCCGGACCCCGACCGGCGGGUCGAGAUCGUCGACGGCGGCCGGCUGGUGACGCUCACCCUCAACAACGUCUCCGGCGCCGGGUUCCAGUCCCGGGACGCCUUCCUCUUCGGCGAGUUCACCAUGGAGAUGAAGCUCGUGCCCGGCGACUCCGCCGGCACGGUCACCACCUUCUACCUGACAUCCAAGGACCCGACGGCGGCGGGGGACGGGCACGACGAGAUCGACUUCGAGUUCCUGGGCAACGUCAGCGGGGAGCCGUACCUGAUGCAGACCAACGUGUUCGCCCAGGGGGUCGGGGGCAGGGAGCAGCGGUCCUACCUGUGGUUCGACCCGACAGAGGACUUCCACAACUACACCAUCCUCUGGAACCCUCUGAACAUCAUCUUCUCUGUGGACGGCGUGCCGGUGCGCGUGUUCCGGAACCACGACGCGAACGGCGUGCCGUACCUGAGCAGGCAGGCGAUGAAGGUGCACGCCACCAUCUGGGACGGCGACACCUGGGCCACCCGCGGCGGCCGGGUCAAGAUCGACUGGGCGCACGCGCCCUUCGUCGCCUCCUACGGGACCUACGCCUCCAGCGCCUGCGUCUCCGCGGUCGGCAACGGCGAUCAGGACGGAGCGCCGUCGGCCUUCUGCUGCCCGGGCGACGCCUCGUCGUGGAUGGCCCGGCGGCUGGGGCCCGACGGCGAGCGCGCGGUGGCGUGGGCGCGGGACACGUACAUGGUGAUGGACUACUGCGACGACCCCUGGAACCUGGGCCGCCCCGCCGAGUGCGACAUGGACCGGCUCGCCUCUGCCGUCUGAUUGUUCGGCUCCGUCGGCCAUACUACCGAACACGUGUCGUCGUGUUAUUAGACGAGACAGACGUACGGUGUUUGUGUUGGUGCUUCUAGCGUAGCCUGCUAGGUCGUCUCACUCAAGAUGUGACGUGUAGCCGUGUAGGCGUAGCGUAUAUAAUACAGGAUCUAACUAGGAGUUUCUCUAGCGGAUCGUAGCAAGGAGUCAUUUGAUUCCUGCAGAAACCUGCUCCUGCUGUAACCUGUAGCCGAGUAAUUCAUGCAUAUACAGACGCUGAGAUAAGAUUAACUCAUUUCUCGA